AUGGCCUUCCUCUGGAUCCUGUCCUGCCUCGCCUUCGUCAGCGCCGCCUACGGCUGCGGCACCCCCGCCAUCCCCCCCCAGGUGAGCGGCUACGCCCGCAUCGUUAACGGUGAGGAGGCGGUGCCUCACUCCUGGCCCUGGCAGGUGUCCCUGCAGCAAUCCAGUGGCUUCCACUUCUGUGGAGGUUCUCUGAUCAAUGAGAACUGGGUGGUGACCGCUGCUCACUGUAACGUCAGGACUUACCACCGCGUGGUGGCCGGAGAGCACGAUAAGGGCUACGGCUCCAACGAGGACGUCCAGGUGCUGAAGCCCGCCAAGGUGUUCACCCACCCCGACUGGAACCCUCGCACCAUCAACAACGAUAUCUCCCUCAUCAAGCUGGCCAGCCCCGCCCGCCUGGGCACCAACGUGUCCCCCGUGUGCCUCGCCGCGUCUGCCGACAGCUUCGCCCCUGGCAUGACCUGUGUCACCUCUGGCUGGGGUCUGACCCGCUACAACGCUCCCAGCACUCCCAACAAGCUGCAGCAGGCUGCUCUGCCCCUGCUGUCCAACACACAGUGUAAGACUCACUGGGGCAGCAACAUCUCCGACGUCAUGAUCUGUGCCGGAGGAGCCGGAGCUACUUCCUGCAUGGGUGACUCUGGUGGCCCUCUGGUCUGUGAGAAGGACGGAGCCUGGACUCUGGUGGGAAUCGUCUCCUGGGGAAGCAGCCGUUGCUCCACCUCCACCCCCGCUGUCUACGCCCGCGUCACCGAGCUCCGUGGCUGGGUUGACCAGAUCCUCGCCGCCAACUAA